GCGCGGAACGCUCGAGGCGCCGGAAGCGGGAAACACAAACACACGCAUGUCUCGACGCGACUCGACCGAUGACAGUUUGAAGUAUGUACUCGGCAUUCUGCGCUCGUUGUAUCCGCUCGUUCAGACUCUGGAGGAGUUCGCAGACGGACUUGUGUUCUCCGAUGGACGGAAACCACUUCUGGUGGAGGAAAAAGACGGAGCGCGCGUUAAAAAACUCACCAGAGGACUGAUCGUAUGCGCCUUCACGCCACUGCAGCAGCUGCGCGUGCCCGCACAGCUCAGUACGCUGACGGAGGUUUUGGCGUUCACGCUAAACCACAUCAAGCGGAAGAAACUGAGGAACGUGCUUGGAUUCGGUUAUCAGUGCAGCGACGUGACGGCCUGUUCGGACCCCUUCCGUUUUCACGGGGAUGUUUCGCAGACGGCCGCCUCCAUCAGCACCAGCGAGCUGUGGAAGAGGAUCAACCAGCGUCUGGGAACGGAGGUCACACGUUACCUGCUGCAGGACUGCGCCGUGUUCGCCACCGUCCCGCCGUCCUGUUUGCUGCAGGUGUGCGGCGAGCCCGUGUACGACCUGCUGCUGCCGCGCACCUGGUCCGGCUUCUUCCUGGACGGCGGCGCGGCUCCGACGUCGUUUGGCGUGACGCGGAAAACUCCUGCCGCUGCCAUGCGGAUGAAAGCUGUGAGAGAUGAUAAGAAAAUAGUUUCCAAAAAGAGGGCGAGAGAGGAGGAAAUAGACGGCAAACGGGAAGAUCGUCCUGUAGUAAAAAGGCGACGGUUGACGAUGGACGAAACCGACGGGUCGCCGAACACCCGAAAACCCGAAAGUCACGGAUCUCAGAGCUGGAAAUCGGCGGAUCAGCCGUCUCCUCGACCGUCGCGCUGUUCCAUCCGUGUUCUCAGCAUGCUUUACGGUGGGCGGGGCUUGAAGGGCUUCUUGCUUAACAGGAAACUGAAAGGAGGUGUGGGCGGGGCUAGACGGCUGCAGGGGGCGGAUCUCGUACGCAUCAUUUUCCUCCAAUCAGAGUCUAACGUGUUUGACGGACAGGCCAAGUUUAGAAAACUUCCCAAGCGUUACUUCGCAAUGGUUCCCUUGUUUGCUCGACUCUUACGGCAGCACAGGAAGUGCCCGUACACUCUCUUCCUGCGGAGGAAGUGUUCGGUGAAUCCAGAGACGGAGGAUAUGGAGUCUUUGCUGAAAUCGCACUCGUCGCCUUAUAGGGUUUAUCUGUUCGUGAGGGAGUGUUUACGAUACGUUGUUCCCGAGGAACUCUGGGGAUCUGAGGAGAACCAGCUCCACUUCCUGUCCAAUGUGAAGAACUUCCUGCGGCUUGGGAAGUUUGAGCGUCUGCCGUUGAUUCAGCUGAUGUGGAAGAUGAAGGUCAAGGCCUGCCAGUGGCUGGGACUCAAGAAACGUCACUGCGCUAGUGAGCACCGGUACAGAGAGUGGAUCUUCGGUCAGUUCCUGGGUUGGAUGUUGAACAGUUACGUGAUCGGUUUGGUCAAAGCGCUGUUCUACGUCACCGAGAGCAUGGGACAGAAACACACGCUGCGUUUCUACAGGGGGGAAGUGUGGAACAAGCUACAGGAAAUGGCCUUCAGAGUUCAUCUGUCUAAGGGCCAGUGGAGGGCGCUGUCUCCAUCUCAGGCCCUAAAGUUUCCCAAGACUACAGUAACAUCCCGAAUCCGGUUCAUCCCAAAGGUGAACAGCAUGAGACCCAUCACUCGUCUAGCAGGACCCAGAGAGUCACUGCAGCAUUUCCAGAGCGGCGUGCGGCUCCUGCAGAAUGUUCUGAGUGCAUGUGUGCGAGAGGCCCCGGGCCCCAUGGGCUCCACCGUCUGGGGCUGGCAGGACAUUCACCGCGUUCUCAAGGAGUUCAGCCCACAGCAGAAGAACUCACCGAGACCACUGUAUUUCGUCAAGGUGGAUGUGAGCGGGGCGUACGACAGUCUUCCUCAUCAGAAGCUGGUGGAGGUGUUGGGUGAAGUGCUGAGUCCGUUUGCGGAGCAGAGCUUCUUUGUGCGUCAGUACGCACGCGUCUGGAACGACCCCAACCUGGGCCUGAGGAAACACUUCUGCACUAAAGCGGAGAUGAGCGAGCCGCUCAACAUGAAGGGCUUCAUCGUGGAUGAGCAGGACAGCGGGACGCUGCAUGACGCCAUCCUGGUGGAGCGGCACUCGUCUGAGGUCCGCGGUGGAGAUGUGUUUCAGUUCUUCCAGAAGAUGCUGAGCAGCUACAUCAUCCAUCAUGACAAUAAAAUGUUCCGUCAGGUGUGCGGAAUCCCGCAGGGAUCUUCGGUGUCGGCUCUGCUGUGUAACCUGUGUUACGGACACAUGGAGAACUCACUGCUAAAGGGCAUCGCUAAAGGAGGGUGUCUGAUGAGGCUGGUGGAUGAUUUCCUGCUCAUUACGCCCCAUCUGAGUAAAGCCACGGAGUUCCUGACGACGCUGCUGGCCGGCGUUCCCGAUUACGGCUGCAAGAUCAACCCGCAGAAGGUGGCGGUGAAUUUCCCCGUGUGUCAGGAGUGGCUGGAUUCGGGCGUGAGCGUCCUCCCGUCCUGCUGUCUGUUCCCGUGGUGCGGCCUGCUGCUGGACACUCGCACGCUGGACGUCUACAAGGACUAUUCACGGUAUGACGGCCUGUCACUGCGCUACAGUCUGACGCUAAGCUCCGCCCACUCACCUGCCGCCGUCAUGAAGAAGCUGCUGUCGGUCCUCAGUCUCAAGUGCACCGACAUCUUUCUGGACCUCAAGAUGAAUUCGGUGGAAGCUGUUUACAGGAGCCUGUAUAAACUGAUUCUGCUGCAGGCGCUCAGGUUUCACGCGUGUGUGAAGAGUUUACCUCUGGGUCAGAACGUGGAGUCGAACCCGUGGUUCUUCCUGAAGAUGAUCUGGACGAUGGCUCGAGUCACCAACAGACUCAUCAGACACAUAAAUAAAGGUCUGGUUCUGGGUUCGCUGGACGGCGGAGGGAUUCUGCAGUAUGAAGCCGUUCAGAUGUUGUUCUGUUUGGCGUUCGAGGUGGUUUUCACGCGGUACCGAUCGAUUUACCGCAGCCUGCUUCCUCCGCUGCACAAACGGAAGCGGCGUCUGGAGCGCGUGCUGCGCGGCAUCAGGUCGGCGCGCGUCCGUCAGGCCUCCACUCCCAGAAUCCCUCAGGACUUUAAGAGCAUCAGGACGUAGAGCGCUGAACGUCCGGCAGCUGACUAAACGGAUCCGCGGCACCUCGUAAAUAGUUGAUGGUUUCUCGUUAAACGCGGGCGAGAUAAGACACGCUCGUAAACUACAGUCGAGCCAACAGCGUUCAGUUCAUCAUUUCUGUUGUUGUGCUGCAUGUUUAUAUGAUAUUUGCAUGUUUGAUGCAUAUGUCAUGUAAAUAAACAUCUGUUGUUGUGUAUAAAUAAACUGAAAUCUGUUAUUUCGGCACAGAAAGUAAAUUAAGAUCAUCACAGAUGAAUAUAUAACCUGUAAUUUAUAUAUAUGUGUGUGUGUGUGUCUCUCUCUC